AUGGAGGGACACGCGUGGAUACUCGUGGCGCAAGACGUCUUCACGAAAUGGGUCGUCGCCAAGCCACUACGACAAGCCACCGCAGUCGCAAUCACCAAAAACGUCAAGGAGCACAUCUUACUGCAACACGGCUGCCCAAGACGGAUAAUAACAGACAACGGUCGUCAAUUCGAGAGCCGGGAAUUUCGAGGGCUACUCGAGCGGGCCGGCAUUCAACACCGACGAACGCCUCCGUACUCGCCGCAGUGCAAUCCAGUGGAACGAGCCAACCGAACGUUAAAAACCAUGGUCGCCCAGUACAUCGAACGAGAUCACCGCCGGUGGGACCAAAAACUACCCGAGCUAGUAUUCGCAAUUAACACAGCGGUACAGGAAAGUACCGGAUUCACGCCGGCCAGGCUGACGUACGGCCGCGAACUUACCGCCCCGGGGACACUGCGCGCGCAGCACGAGGCGCCACUGGCAGAAGACAUCGGGGAACCCGAAACCGCGACGCGCGAACACCGAAUAAAUCAAAUGCGCGAGGAAGCCGCAACCGCCGCCGCGCGCCAACAGGACGCCACAUCACGCCAGGAACAAUACUACAAUCUUCGACGCCGGGACUGGCGUCCCGCACCUGGAGACCGAGUUAUGAGACGGGAACACCCGCUGUCAAAGGCCGGCGAACACUUCGCGGGAAAACUCGCGCCGAAAUACUCCGGUCCGUAUACCGUCGACCGAGCAAUAUCACCGGUCGUCUACCGCCUGCGAGACCAAAACAACCGCCUGGUAGGAACCGCGCAUGUGAAGGAUUUGAAGGGUGUCGCGGACUCCUAA